AUGAUAUAUAAAGCAAAAAGUGCGAAUGACAGAAAAGCACUUGGUUCGGCGUUCCCCGAACGAGCACUGGACCUACUCGAUAUUUCUGUCAAUCGAAUCAACGUUGCUCGAAUGGUUUAUGAUGAGCGCCAUUCACCGAAGUUCACCGAAGUAGACGUUCACCGAAGAAGACGUAGGCGUCGAAUCGAGAAUCAGAGCGACGACGGUGGCGAGAAAGAGGAGAUAUCGGUGAAAAUCCCAUAUUUGAGCAUUUACACCAUCGCAUUUCUCGUUCUUUAUAUUUCAACCGGUGUAUUGUUAUACAGAUUUUGCAAGAGGUCGCUCAUCUGGAGAAUUGAUCAAUUUGUGAACGAAUCUCUUCAGACUCUACAAGCACAAAAUUCGACGGGAUCCGAUGUCGCGAAACGCGAUUCGCCGGUUUCCCCAAUGAAUCGCAUUCCUCGUUUUUAG